CGUCAGUGACUUAGGAGGGGCUCCUCUCCGUGUAUCUGGUUGCUGGUUGCUGUUUGUGGUGCUGAAACAAACGCCUCUAUCUUGUGUUGUUGCCAUUUAAGCGACUAUUUUCUUUUUCUUUUUCUUUGCCCCAGCGUUUCUCCUCCUCAGCCCUCAGCCAUGCCUCUCUAGUCCUGAGUCUGAGUCCACCUGAGUCUGCGUCCAUCAUGCUGUUUUCUCGGAGGUGUGCGAUGGAUUAGUAGUACUGAACCAGGCAGGAGCGGUAUGGCUUCACCGUGGUGUCCCAUCCUCUGCGCUGCAUUGGCCGCCAGCCUCUGCUCCUCUUCACCUGCACAAGCUGACAGCAAAUUUGGUUGCCUGUUUGAAGACGAGCUCUGUACACCGUAUGAGUUCUGCGUCAAUGAUGGAGUGUUUGGAAGGUGCCAGGAGUUGGCCGCCGCAGACCUGUACACAUACGAUGUUUCUUCCUCUGCUCUGCAACGCCUCAGGAUCCUCCUACAGAAACUGGCUCACAGAGGUUUGACAUGGCAGGACGACCUCACCCAGAAGGUCAUCUCUAGAGAGCUCUCCAAACUGAGGACCAUCCCUCUCCGCCAUCAGGCCACAGCUCCGAGCCCCCUGACCGCCUACAGCAGCAGCUCUAGAGACUCCAGGAAACUAAGCAGAAACCUUCAGCAGUACCUGACGGGCCUGGGCUUCCUGACGCAGUCUGAGCUCGAUGGACAACCAGGAAUCCAACGACAGGGAGCCAGCGUUCAGAAUGAAGACAUCAAGUCUGAAGGUCACUUGGAGCCCAGCCGGUCAAAACCGCAGCAGGGCUGGAAGGAGACCACCAUCUACAGCCAUCAGAAAGGAGCUGGCCAAACUCCAGUCACCAAAGUGUUCACCCAGAGCGGAGAGGGCAGACACCCCAAGCUCAGUACAACCUUCUCCAACCGGGACCCGGGGAGGAGCAAACUGCUAACCAGCCAGCUGGAACGGCUUCUCGCCGAGGUGCCGAGCACUCAGCAGGGCGCCCAGGGUGGCAAGUCUGCGUGGCCCAAAGGAAAGCUCCACUACCUCAGCUACAUCAGGCCGGCUCCGAGUGACCACGCCGAACCGCAGUCUCAGGUGGAUUUUGGCUCCAAAACCCAAAGGCCUAAUCUAGACAGACUUCUGCUCAAGGCUGGCUCAAACCGACUGACCGCCAAAGAGCCUCUCAGUGUCACCGACGAGCGAUUCAUCCAUAAUAUGGUGAGCCAGCUGGGGAGGCACAGCGUCAACAUGGAGGCUUUGAUGGGCAAAGACCUGGACCAGCUGGCUGGGGUCAUCACAGGCAGGCUGCAGAAGGUGCAUGAGGAGCGGCCUGUGGUUGGGGCCCAGCCAGGACCAGAAGCCGCUGACUCCAGGGUGGACACAGAGGGUAACAGGGAGCCGCUGGCAGCCGUGCAACUGAAUCAAGACCAGGACCUGAAAUCAGACAAAGGGCAGGAUCCAAACCAGGAAGACACACUGAGAACGAAACAGCAAGGCCAACAAAUAGACGGCGCAGACAAAGAGCCUGUUGACAAGCACACAGCCUUCUUCUCCAAGCUGCUGGACUACCUCAACCUGGAGCCCUUCGGCGAUGCUCCAGACGCCAACGUCGGCCCGCCAGCUCCCCUCCGGAAAAUGGUCGGAAUGGAGAACGUCCAAAGCCGGACGACGCUGGACCAAGUUCCCGUACCUCACCGCUGGGAGGAGAAGACCUUGCCUGCGAAGGAAGGCGCCACCCUGCGUUUCACCGGUGGUGCAGAUGGGCCUGACGUUCAGGUGGACUCAGAGAUCCAGAGGUGGAUGCAGGGGAAUCAGGCCCCAGCGGGGAAAAAGCAGCUGGAGGAGCCGCAGAAGAAGGACAUGAGAGUCAAAACGCAGCUGGUCCACGUGGGGGUGAAGGAGUUUUCCAGCAGAGGGAAGGACAGACACUUCGGCUACAUUAUCACCGGCUCAGACUCCCUCACCGCUGACCAGGGCUCGGACCUGAUGGAGCGGCUGACGCAGAGGCUGAACCUCCACGCCGCGGACCUCACCCAGCUCUCCGUCUUGGGUCCAGCAUUGACUUUCAGAAUUGGCCCCAACCCCAAGAACGUGUCCACUGCAGACCUGGUUCAAGUUGCAGUGCAACAGAAGCAGCAGCUGGAGAAGGAGACAGGCCUGAAGAUAGUGGAGGCCGGAGUUAGUGAUAGGGGCAGCCUGACCCAGAUCCCGGUGGUGAAGAAGACCAGGGUGGAGUCGGGCCAGUUCCUGCUGCUGUCCGUCCUCUGCAUGCUCUUCAUCCUGGUGGCACUGGCCAUGUCCACCACCUUCUUCUGCGUGCGCCAGCGCUCCCACCUCCACAUGAAGGAGAAGCUGGCCAGCCUGGGGACUGACACCAGUACUGAUGCCACCGCAACCUAUCAGGAGUUGUGUCGCCAGCGUAUGGCUAUACGGACGUCAGAGCGUGUCGAGCGGCCUGAGACGCUGCGCCACUCACGGCUCAACAGCGUCUCGUCCCAGUUCAGCGAUGGCCCUGCAGCCAGCCCGUCGACCCGCAGCAGCACCUCCUCCUGGUGCGAAGAGCCAGUGCCGUCCAACAUGGACAUCUCCACUGGUCACAUGAUACUGUCAUACAUGGAGGACCACUUGAAGAACAAGAACCGUCUGGAGCGGGAGUGGGAGGCUUUGUGCUCUUACCAGGCAGAGCCCGGCGCCUGCAGCGCGGGGCACGGCGAGCACAACUCCAAGAAGAACCGCUCAGACGCCGUGGUCGUAUAUGAUCAUUCCAGGAUCACCUUGAAAGCGGAGAAUAACCACGGCAACUCCGAUUACAUCAACGCCAGUCCAAUAAUGGACCAUGACCCUCGCAACCCUACUUACAUCGCCUCGCAGGGCCCACUUCUUUCCACCGUGGCGGACUUCUGGCAGAUGGUGUGGGAGAGCGGCUGCGUCGUCGCCGUCAUGUUGACCCCGCUUUCUGAAAAUGGAGUGAAGCAGUGUCAUCCCUACUGGCCCGACGAAGGAUCUGAUGUCUACCACAUCUACGAGGUCAACCUGGUGUCGGAGCACAUCUGGUGUGAGGACUUCCUGGUGCGGAGCUUCUACCUGAAGAACCUGCAGACCAACGAGACCCGCACCGUCACCCAGUUCCACUUCCUUUCCUGGAUGGACCGCGGGAUCCCCAACUCCGCCAGGACCCUUUUAGACUUCCGCAGAAAGGUUAACAAGUGCUACCGGGGUCGAUCUUGCCCGAUAAUUGUUCACUGCAGUGAUGGAGCUGGCAGGAGUGGGACUUACAUUCUGAUUGACAUGGUCCUCAAUAGGAUGGCUAAAGGUGCUAAAGAGAUUGAUAUUGCCGCUACCCUGGAGCACUUGAGAGACCAGAGAGCUGGCAUGGUCCAGACAAAGGAGCAGUUUGAGUUUGCGCUGACAGCCGUGGCAGAGGAGGUGAACGCCAUCCUGAAAGCGCUUCCUCAGUGAAGGCAUCGCAUCCCCCACCUUCUUCUUCUUCUCGCUCGCUGAGCACCGGUUUCCUCUGCCCACUCAAGACUGACAUCUCUCUCUGCCCUUCCCUCUCCUCUCCUCGCUCUGUUUCUCUUCUUCUGUCUCUGCCUCCUCCUC